GAGCGUUUAAGCAAAAGUAGGUUAGCAAUGUAGGACACACGUUUGUGUUUUACAGCCUGGCUUGCAGCAUACAUUUCUAGCCUGAAAUCAUGGAUGAGAAGAAGCUGGUCUUUGUGUUAGUGGGAAAAACUGGCAACGGCAAAAGUGGAACGGGAAACACAAUUCUCGGACAAGAGGAGUUCAUCAGGUCAAACAACACGAUGUCCUGCACGGUGAUCAACAGCAUGAGGUGUGUGGAGCGAGACGGGUUGACUGUUGAACUUGUUGACACCCCUGGGCUCAUGGACACAGAAGAAGAUCAAGACAGAGACAACAUCACUCAACAGUUGCCGCUGGUCAUGGGGCAGUGUAAAGAUGGCCUGGAUGCCUUUCUUCUAGUUCUCAAGUACUCCAAUCGAUACACUGCUGAGGACGUUAAAACUGUCGACACCCUUAAGAAUAUGUUCGGUCAAGACUUUGUGAAAAAACAUUGUAUUAUAAUCAUGACCUACGGAGAUUUAGUGGACGAAGAAGAAGAAUCAUUCGAUACCUGGUGUCGUAGACAAAACGGUCCAAUACAGCGACUGUUUCAGGAAUGUGACUACAGGAUCGUGCUGUUUUACAACAAGCUCAAGAAGAAUGAGGUCAACAAGAAAAGCCAAGAAAGCGUCAAGAAACUGUUCAGCCUAGCCUCUAAGCUUAGCGUCCACGGCCGUUACACGGAUGAAACAUUCAAGGCCUGCUAUAUCGAGCGCGAACGUCUGCUGCUCCAGUGGAACCUCCCGGCACUCACAUCUGACAUGCAGAAGAGGCUGCAGGUGAUUAGGUCUAAGGUCCAGUUUGCUCUAGUCGCCGACAAAACAACUGAGGAAACAUUCCAGAGCAUACAGUCUCUAAUAGACGACCUGCUACAUGAGAUCAAAGAUAAAUCGAGAGAAACUGAAGCCUUCAAAGAGUUGGAAAAAGAAGCGGAGAUGUUGAAAAUUAUUAUUACUGAUAAAUGUGAAAGCAAGUUACAAAGACUGCUUGAUAAAAUUAAUUCUCUUUUAAAUCCUAUAAUUCCCGAAAAAGAUCGCGGAGAGAUUUUUAAGAGUUUAAUAUCAUGGUUUUGGGCAUUUUUGAAUCUUCGACUCCAAUUGAAGUUCUAAUUGUAACUUAAACCUAAACCUUGCUUGUAUCUAGUUCAAGAGCUUUCCGGCAUGUUUGUCCUGUGCUAGUCUCUCCUACUUUCCCAAGGUGUAUCCAAUCUUCUAAAUCACGUCUCCAGGUCUUCCUUGUGGAUUCCACGUAAGGGUCUGUCUUGUUUAUUUGUUAUGGUGGAUACAGACUUGCUGUGUGUGGCCAUCUCAGUCAUUUCCCAGUUUGGUAGGUUUAACAUGAAGCAACAUCAGGUUAACUUAGGUAGGUUUAACAUGGGGCAGCAUCAGGUUAACUUAGGUAGGUUUAACAUAAGGUUAACUUAGGUAGGUUUAACAUGAAGCAACAACAGGUUAACUUAGGUAGGUUUAACAUGGGGCAGCAUCAGGUUAACUUAGGUAGGUUUAACAUAAGGUUAACUUAGGUAGGUUUAACAUGGGGCAGCAUCAGGUUAACUUAGGUAGGUUUAACAUAAGGUAAACUUAGGUAGGUUUAACAUGGGGCAACAUCAGGUUAACUUAGGUAGGUUUAACAUAAGGUAAACUUAGGUAGGUUUAACAUCAGGUUAACUUAGGUAGGUUUAACAUCAGGUUAACUUAGGUAGGUUUAACAGGGGGCAACAUCAAGUUAACUUAGGUAGGUUUAACAUCAGGUUAACUUAGGUAGGUUUAACAUGGGGCAACAACAGGUUAACUUAGGUAGGUUUAAUAUUGGGAUACAGCAGGUUAACUUUAGUUGGUUUAACGUGGGGCAACAGCGGUUAACGAAUUUGUGGGAUCUUUCUGAGGCAUGAGUUUAUAAAUGAUUGUAUUUUCUUAACUAUUUGUGGCAGUUAUUCUACAAGUCUCAGUUCCGUAGAUAGAAACCUUUGUACAUCUAACUUCCAUAAAUAGGCUCCAUGGAGUAAAACAUGUAACAGUUAUGCUGAUCUAACUCCCAUAAAUAAGAUUGCAUGAUUUCCUGAAAUCCCCCCCCCCCCC